AUGUUCUCCCGCGCAGCAACUCGCUCGCUCGCUUCCAGCGCCGGUCGCCGGGCGUUCUCGCAGACGUCGAGGGCGCAGAGUUACGAGGACACUAUCAAGAACCUGCUUAUCCACAAGGACACCAAGGUUCUCUGCCAGGGCUUCACAGGAAAGACGGGUACCUUCCACUGUAAAGAGGCUCUCGCAUAUGGCACGAACAUGGUCGGCGGUGUCUCCCCCAAGAAGGCCGGCCAGACUCACCUCGGUCUCCCCGUCUUUGGCUCCGUAAAGGAGGCCGUUCACCACACGCAGCCCGACGCGACGGUGCUGUACGUCCCCCCGCCGAGCGCCGCAGACGCCAUCAUCGAGGCCAUCGAGAACGAGAUUGGCCUCAUUGUUUGCAUUACUGAGGGUAUCCCCCAAGCCGACGAGAUUCGCGUCGUCAACGCGCUCAAGAGCCAGAGCAAGUCGCGUCUCGUCGGCCCCAACUGCCCCGGUAUCAUCAACCCGCUCGGCUGCAAGAUGGGCAUCCAGCCCGGACACAUCCACAAGCCCGGAAAGAUUGGUAUUGUCUCGCGUUCCGGCACGCUCACCUACGAGGCCGUCGCGCAGACAACCGACGUCGGCCUUGGCCAGUCGCUUUGCGUUGGUAUCGGCGGUGACCCCUUCCCUGGCACCCAACACGUCGACGUGAUCAAGGUCUUCCUCGAGGACCCGAACACGGAGGGUAUUGUCAUCAUUGGCGAGAUCGGCGGUUCGAUGGAGGAGGAGGCUGCCGAGUACUUGCAAAAGUACAACACGUCCAAGAAGCCCGUCGUCGGCUUCAUCGCUGGCCGCACCGCUCCUCCCGGCCGUCGCAUGGGCCACGCUGGUGCCAUCAUCUCCGGCGGCAAGGGCGCUGCAAAGGACAAGGUCGCCGCGCUCGAGGCUGCCGGUGCCAUCGUCACGGACUCCCCGGCGAAGAUCGGCAUUGAGAUGAUGAAGGCGAUGAAGGCUGCUGGCCUUGCAUAG